AUGGCGUCUUACAGCUUGCCACAGCCGUCUGCGAAUCAUACUCCUACCUUACGGUUCUACGACAAGCCAUAUGAUGCCUCAAAGCUCGACAAAUCGCAGUUGUUCAUACACCAUGUUUCGCGCGUCUCCGAGUUACUCAACGAGAGGAAGUCCAAUUUUGAUGGACUCAACAUGCUUGUGGAGCUCUCCUUCGGUGAUCAGCCCCAGCAUUCCAUUGUUAUCGAUUCCCGAUCGAAACGAGCCAAUAUCCUGGAAAGGCUGCCGGAAAAUACUCCAGCAGAUCUCGCGACCAAGAUUUUGCCUGAAUAUGUCCUUGAUGUUAUGGAAGGUCGUAUCAAUGCUCAGCAAGCAUUCAGGCUCUACGCUCAACCUCCUUGCCCGGGUGCCUUCGCCAGCCGUUUCUCCGCACUGGGACCCCCAGCAUCCGUAGUGAGCAGAGAUGCGUUAGAUCUCGAGAGUCUGCCGAAACCAACCGAAAACAUAGAGCAAAUCAAGAGCGAUCUUAAGAAAUGGGGCUAUGCGUUCGUCGCGAACGCCCUAACACCGGAUGAGGUUAAAGUAAUAAGGACUGCGCUCGAAGAACAAGCAGCGGGCGAAAGACAGGCCGGCAUCGCUCACAUGGCGAGUCUCCAUAAGUCUUCUGAAGAUGAGCCAGACCAACGCGUGUGGAAUCUAGUCAAUAAAGGAGACGAGUUCCUGGAUCUUCUAAACCAUCCCUUGAUCGACGCAAUUAUGCCUUGGUUUCUGGGCAGGGAGUUCGGCCUCUUCGCUAUGACCGCGAACAUCGUAACGCCAAGGUCAACGUCCGGGAUUUACAUGCACACAGAUCAAAUGGACAUGACGCCCAAUACGGCCAAUCACCCCUACCUUUUGAAUAUUUUUUGGUACUUGACAGACGUCACUGAUGAGAAGGGCGCCACGCGCAUAUACCCUGGGUCACACGUCAAGAACGUGGCGCCUCAGCAAAUUCGCGACGUUGGCGGCUCAAUACCGGCGGCUGCACCAGCUGGAUCCUGUCUCCUACUUGACAGUAGAACCUGGCACUCCACAGGUAUCAACAGGACAGAUAGCUCACGACCUAUCAUCUGCUUGACCUGUUGUAGAUUCUACAUUCAGAGAAUGGAGAAGCACGAUCUUUUUCUCUCCGAGGAAACCAAAGAGAGGCUCUCUGAUCGGCAGCGGGCACUACUCGGUCUCCCGCCCAAACAAACGUCGAAUGGCACAGACAAAAGAGGCUGGGGCAGCAUCUAUAAGUUAGGAGGAAUUGAUGCCGGUAGACUGCGAGUAGCCGUCUAG